AGGCAGGCAACGUCAUGAACCAUCUGGUAGGCUACUGAACACAAUGUUGAUUGGGUAGUAGGCUACUGCUUGUUAAAUUGAAUCUUUGACAUGCACUUGACAUUUUUUAUAGUAAGUUUUUCAUAUGCACCUACUGUUGUAAAUGUAUACACAAUUAUUUCAACUGUCUAACACCCUGUGUUAUGGAAUAUUAAAGGCCUAGUUAUUUUUUCAGAUGUAUUUAUCUUAAUGUCAAUCAAAACACUUGGCAUUAAGUAAAAUGUAACGACAACACUGAACAGAAGAUAUUUUCGGAUCAGAAUAUUAUGAAACACCUGUCAAAACUCCAUUUGACGUCACCGACAAAAUGGCAGCCCACUUGAGUCGGUUGCACCACAUUUCACUUCAUGUAACAAGCGUGGAUAAAAUAGCUUAUGAUCUAGUUUCUAAAUUUAAAUUUAAUUUAUUUGCAGCAAGACUAACUGACAAGUCAAGACAGCUUGCUUUCAGGAAAGGAGCGGCGGUUUUCGUCGUAAACGAGAGAUCGAAUCAGACACUUCACACAUUGAAUGAAGGAGCGUCUCCCACGACAAGCAAUUCUUCUUCACACAAAAUAUGGAACGACUCGAUAAAGCGCAACAGAAAAAUCAUUGAUGACAAGUGUCUUUAUGAUGUCCAUCCUCAGUACACCGUGGAUACCGCAUGCAAUGUGUGCUUCGAAGUCGAGGAUGUGGAAAGGUCAUUCAACUCUCUUUGCGAUCAGGGUUGUGAGUUUCUGGUGCCCCCCACUGUGGUGCAUGACGAGAGAGGGCUUGUCACGUUCUCGGUUGUAAAGUCGAUCGUAGGAAAUGUGUGCCAUACGCUCAUUGACAGGACUAAAUACGAAGGGAUCUUUUUGCCCGGGUUCCAUGACGUCGAUAAUGUGAUCAGUAGUGACAUGGACCAAAUUCCAGAUUGUCCGAUUACCCAUUUUGAUCAUAUAACGUAUGCAUGCCCAAGAAAAAGUACAGCCGAAGUUAUGCGGUGGUAUGAGAGGCACUUCGGUUUUCAAAGAUUCUUCAUCGAUAGUGAAGAGGAUGUUGAUGAGGGUUAUGUGCUAAAUCAGGAUGGCAUCGGAUUACGUCUUACUGCAAUGGAGUUUUGGAAAUGCAGUGAAGAAGGAAUUCAGCUUCCUUUCAAAGAUGUGACAGAACCGGAUUGCAAGUUUGUAAUUGCAGAGUCUCUACCUGAACAAAGUAGCAACCAGGUGGAUACCUUCUUGGAGCAACACAAAGGUCCAGGGAUCCAGCACAUUGGUCUGUACACACAAGACAUAGUCUGCACUACGCAGACAAUGGCCACUGCUGGCGUGCAUUUCUUCUCCCCUCCUCCUGCCUACUACACUGAGGUGGGCAAACAGCAGGAGAUGGAGGAUGCAGGUUACGACCCCCAGAUGCUGUCCCAGCAUGGGAUCCUCCUGGACACAGACCUGCGCCAAGACUCCUCCCCCUCUCACACAACAACUAAUCAGAACAAACGGUACCUUCUUCAGGUUUUCACCAAGCCAAUAUUUGCAGAGGACACCUUCUUCCUUGAGCUGAUAGAGAGAAGAGGGGCAUCUGGAUUUGGGGAGGGUAACAUUCGGGCUUUGUGGAGGUCAGUGCAGGCCUAUAUGGAGAAUGAAAGUGCAAUGCCACAAAGACAAAACACUCAUGACAUCACUGUGCAAACUGGUCAACAUUGACAGCCAUUUGAUUCUAAAUAUGAGAAAUGUAUACUGUUCCUUAAAGCACUUAAAAAAAUCUUGCAUGUACUGUAAAUGUGUUAAAUUAUGAUCUGAUGGUACAAAUACAUUGGUGGGUUGCCUUGACCAGAGAGUUUGUCAGACUAAAUAAAGUGAUACCGCAAGAAGUCAUCCAAAAGGUCUCAGUACUUUCUAUAAUUAUAUACCAUGACUACUAAGCUGCCAUACCCUUGACUCUCAAAGACAUUUGUUCUUGUUUUAGAACUUGUCUGAACAAUCAUCUUGGUGUAACAGUGCCACACUGACACACAUUGGCUUACUGUAGGGCGGAAAAACAUUAUCCACACCUUGAAUCUUUAAGAUUACGGUGCCCUUAAACCAAGACUAACCCUAACCUCUAUUAAAACAUUUACUCCAAAUGGUAGCCGUCUAUGAACCUGAGCUUCCAUGGUAAAAUGUAGAUGCACUUCCGUGGCUGCACCUGCAUUGGAAAUUCAUGAAGAGUUAGUGGUGGUAUAUACUGUACUGUGAUGUAUUGCUCCUGUGGACUGGAGUCUCCUUGUAUUAAUUACUGUAGACUUUGAAUCUCAAUUAGCUUGGAACUAAGUGGAAGUCUGACAGUGGCCUUGUCAUCACGUCCGGGGUCCAGAAGCCAGAUGUCCCUUUUAUGCUUUAUUCUAGAUAUUAUUUGUAAUUGGUCACUCCCAGUAAUAAAGGACCUGAUAUUCAG